GAAUUUCAUACAAAUUGUAUGAUGCUUAUCUGUUUUUUCUUCGUAGUCGGGGCUUGAGGAUUAGGUCCUGUCCGGUCUAGCUAUCCCAUGGGACAGAAUGUAACUAGGUUGGUGCUACGGAAGGUCCAUUGUCCAUUGUAAGAGAUGUUCUCUCGGUCAUGAAGGCUGGAGGUGAUGCAAAGGGAUAUUCCCGGCUCAUUGCGAUUCUAGAGCCGUUGCUAAGGAACUCUGAAGAGUAUCUAUACCGAGAUACUUUCCCUUGCGGACAAUCAAGCGUGAUCUCAUGUCACUCUUGGGAACAGACAUGGUGCAACUCGGCAGCAAUUAUACCUGCACUACGUCUGGGUGCCUACACCUGGUGGGCUUUCGAACCGGAACCUGUCUCUGUAAGACUACGAGCAUGUUUGAUCCCGUAUCAGCUUCUGAUGUGCUGGGGAAUAUCAAAGUUUCCCAACGCCACCCGAAAUCGCUUUUGGUUGAUGGUCUAUAAACCAGUCCUAUCAAUAUUAAAGUCAACCUUAAGCCCUCAAUAUACUUCACCCUUUUCAUCGGUUUAUUGCCCAUAUCCAGGUAACUCAUCGACGAGUGUUCAGGUGAGGAAAGUCCACGGUCCACCUUGGCGUGCCUUAUCCUUCCAAAAGCAGGCAUAGAAGGGGUGACUGCCUUUGCAAAAUAUCACCAGAACCCCAG